AUGGAUCAAGAGGGCCAGCCAUUGCUUUCGAAGGAGUUUCAACAGGUUUUACUCGCUACAGCAUCCGGAAACAAUUCAUCAUGGACAGAAAGGACUAGUUCCAGCGCUGACGGUAACAAUGCUGUGAAGCACGAUCCUACGUUGGAACAAAACGACGUCUUUGAUUUGGAUCCCCAAUCGUUUGAUAAAUGGGUCCCCUUUUUAAGGAGCUCACUUGAUGAAAACCAAUUGGAACCCAUUAUUGAUGAAUUGGAAAACUCUAUUGAAGAUAACUUUCAAGGUCUUGAAUUGCAAUUAUUACAAGACUCACAAAUGAACGACAAGCUCGAAACAUCGAUAGAUGAGAUUGCAAACAUUCAAAAUAUGGUUCAAGAUACUUUGUCGAGUGAGAUUUCCAAGUUUCAGAUGAAAUUAACCGAAUCAUCAAAUGAACUAAUUGUGAAGAAACAAUUGUAUGUCAACAAUAAAAAAAUCUCGUUAAAGAUUUCAGAAGCUACUAUCUUGAUCACUAAGGUUGUGAGAAUCCUAGAGCUAUCAAGCAAAUGCCAAGAGUUGAUCACCGAAAGGAAAUUUUUCAAAGUCUUACAAAACUUGGAUAGUUUGGAAAAAUUGUAUCUACAAGAAUUUAAAAAUUACAAUUUCCAGUUUUUAAUUGAAAUUUACAACUCUAUACCAUUUCUACAAAAAGUUACCAAGGAUGAGUGUAUAAAUUUAAUAAGAAACUCUCUUAAUUUAAAUCUGGGGAAGAAUUUGAUAAAAGCAGGACAAGAAUUUCUGACGAUUUACAAAGAAGAGUUAUUGCCACAAUGGCUUGAAACUAGAUCCAAAAUGAAAUUGACAAAUUUCAAAUUCAAUUCACCUGUCGAGAUUUCUAUGAGAGAUGAAUCGUCUAUGGCAAAGUUGAACUUAAACGAAUUUUUUCAAUUAGAUGACUUCCAUGAUUCCAUAAUGAUUUUCCAAAAUUUAAACGAAUUGAAUUCUCUUUUCAGCGAGUUUAAUAAGGAAUAUGAGCUGAGGAAAACGAAACUGAUGUACCCGUUGAUUUGGAAAAAGAAUAAAACUGCGAACUAUCAGAUGGAUUCAUUAUUACGUGGCACCGGUACCACUUCGGGUGCCCCUGGCCAUGAUAUUUCUACAGAUGAUGCGUUCACACAAAGUCUAAGUUUGUCUUUCUUACAAGAUUAUUUCUUGAGGAUUCUCGGGUUCUUGUUAUACGAUAUUAACUUGAAUAAAGCUACUGAAUUUAUCCUUGUUGAUAACAAUUACAACUCCACGAAUGAAUUUUGGGAUGGGCUUAUGGAUAGAUUAGCGCCAUAUUUGAAAUACUAUAUCGACAAAAAGCUUGAGACGGAGGCAGAUAUGAUUACUCUAAAAGAUUUCCUUUGUAUUUACGUUGCUAUUUUGGAAAAUUUUAAAUUAAACAUUGAGCCUCUUUAUAAAGUUUUGAUCUCAAUUUUCAACAAGUUUUGCUCUCUAUCCUUGAAGGCCUUCGAUGAUGAAUUUCAAAUUUUGUUGAACGACGACGACUUCAUGCCUUUGUCAAUCAACGAUAAGACAUUGUAUGAAAAAGUCUUGAAAAUUUGCUGGAUGAAGGAAGAUGAACGCCCCAAUCUGCCGGACCCCAUGAGCGGAGAACCAUUUUCGGUAACUUUACCUUUUUCCCCUUUAUACCCAAUGACAUGCACCUUAGCUAAGAAAACAUACUCCAAAUUAACUGCAUUUCUAUCCACAUUUUACCGUCAUGAAUUACACACUUUGAACAAUAUCUUGGUAAAUUUGAUGGAUGACAUAUUCAAUGAUAUUGUUAAUAAAAAGAUCCGUUCUAAGCUGGAAAGUACCUCAAGAGAAGAAAUUGCUCAGAUCUUAAUUAAUUUGGAUUAUUUCAUUAUUGCAGCAAAAGAAUUCAGCAAUUUCAUGACCAGAGAAAAUAUUUUACAAAAUCCAGAUAUGGAAAUACGGUUAUCUUCAAUAAAGCAUCUUGCAGAAAGCAGAAAGCUCGCGGAAACGAAAUUGAUUGAACUGAUCGAUUCUAAGAUAUCAGAUAUCCUCGAAACUAUAGAAAUUGAUUGGCAAAUAAAGGAAUGCAGACGAGACCCGGAUAUCUCUAUUAUCGAUCUGGCGCAAUUCUUAGAAAUGAUGUUUGCCAGUACGCUACAAAACUUACCGUACAGUGUUCAAACAUUGCUGAUUUUUCGCGAAUUUGACUCUUUAACAAGGCAGUUUAUGGACAUAUUACUGCAUGAUACACCAAGUAUAAUUACACACGACAGUGUGACGAACUUUGAAGUUGAUAUCAAUUAUCUUGAAAGCAUUAUUCCCAGAAUUUUCCCCUCCACUCCAGGUGUUAUAGACAGUAAUGGAUACCAGUCGCCAAUGACGCCUUCGACACCGACAUUUCCGAGUGGCAAUGGUGUUGAUGCUCCUACCUUAUUUGAAAACAACAUUAAAUCAUUAGAGGCUACUUUCAUGGAAUUGAAGCAGUGUAUAGAACUAUUAAAGGCGCAGGGUAGAGACUAUAAUGAACCAGAAAUAAGACUAAGAAAAUAUUCAAGAAUCAGGCAGGAAGAUGCAGCUCUUUUAUUAAGCAAGAUUCAACCUUCUGCACCACCUACGGAUGGAGGUAACGAUGAUGAUAAUAGCACAAUGGACAGUAGCAGCAUAUUCAACUCUGAUUCAGUCAAUGGAAUGGACUCCAGCACAAGCAGGAUAGCCAAAUUUUUCAAUAGACGUUAG